UUCACAAAAGCAGAAUUUUGUGAAGUGCGGAGUCCAGAUUGUGGAGUCAAAUCUUGGGGAGUGCGGAGUGAAAUUUGACCUUCCCCGUUUCACCAAAUUUUACUCCGCGAAAGGUCAUCGCUCGAAACUCUGCACUCUACAUAUUUUUUUGCAAAGUGAUCGGACACUCUACAACUGGCUUUUUUGUGUUUCUCUUUAUGAUUUUUAUCAACAUAAAUUAAGUGCAGACGAUUUUAGCCGUAUUUGUUCAAAUUAUUACCCCAAUUAAAUGAGUUGUAAAAUUCGUAGUUGUUAAUUUGUCCUGUGGAAAAAAGUGCAUCAUAAAACAAAGCUUAAUUUGGAGUGUUAUCUCAGCCACUGAAAAUUUUGUCACCAUCUACAGAAGUAAGUCCGUCUUCAUCUUUGUGGUGUUUAUACUUCACGUUUACUGAUUAUGUACCAUUUGUACCAGAAUGGAUAUCAACGAGUUAUAUUUCUCGGAUAAUGAAGAGAACAACCCUCAACCAAGGGUUUAUCGUCCAAGGGUAAAUUUUGAUGAACGCUUCAUCAGUGAUUUUCAAUUUAGAGAAAAGUUCCGACUUCGGCGAGCAGAAGCUGAGUUUAUUGUAGAGAAAAUUGGACAGAAUCUCAUAAAUUCAGAAAAAAAUAUGGCCUUAACUCCACGGCAGCAACUACUCGUUGCACUUCACUGGUUAGGUUGUGGCAGCCCUUACCAUUGUGUUGCUGACAUGCAUGGAAUUGGAAAGUCAACGGUAUGCAGAAUUGUUAGACGUGUUGUGGACUCAACAAUUGAAAUCAUGUUUCAAGAUAUAGUGCAUUGGCCGGAUAAUACGGACGACAUUGCCCAAGAAUUUUUAAGGAUUGGGGGCUUCCCUUCUGUGGCAGGCUGUGUGGAUGGCACACUAAUCAAAAUUGAUUCGCCCAACAUAAACGAAGAACAAUUUGUAGAUCGGCACGGGAAUCAUUCGCUAAAUUGUAUGGUUAUAUGUGGCCCCGACUAUUCGUUCUACUUUAUCUCCAGCCGCUGCCCGGGUUCAACACAUGACGCUAGAGUCCUCCGCCGAUAG